AUGUCCAGCCCGCCCAUCCGCUCCGGCGCCGACGCAGCCCAGACCGCCUCAACCUGCGCAUCGCUCAACAUCACAACCGCCGAGUUCGCCGAGCUGCAGCGCCGCGCCACGGCGGCAAAGGCCACGGCGUACUGCCGCUACAGCCGGUUCCGCGUGGGCGCGACGCUGCUGUGCGCCGACGCCGCGGGCGAGACGGUUUACGUGCCGGGGGCCAACGUGGAGAACGCGUCGUAUCCCGUCGGGACGUGCGCCGAGCGGGUGGCCUUUGGCACGGCGGUGACGAGCGGCAUCACGGCGUUUCGGGCCAUUGCCGUGGCGACGGACAUUAGCCCGCCGGCGAGCCCCUGCGGCAUGUGCAGGCAGUUCAUCCGCGAGUUUUGCUCCCUGCAGACCCCCGUCAUCAUGUUUGACAAAAACUCCGACUACGUUGUCAUGACCCUUGAACAGCUGCAAGGGAUGCCGGGGAAGGGUGGGUGGAACGACAGAGUGGCGGCGGUUUCACAAGUCUAA